AUGGUUGUUAUUAUCGCCUACAUGGGUUGUAUAUGGAAUUUGUAUACCCUUAAUGAGGUUGUUAUUAUGGAAUUUUGGGCUCAUGCCAGGGUCCUAAUAAGAGCCACCAUGGGGGUUGAGCUCGAAAGAUCUGAUGUGGCACAUGAGGUUGUGGAUGAGUUGGAAAGAGCAAAUGUAGAUGUUGAUGUUGGGCAAAUGGGACCACCAAACACAUAUACGGGUUAUAAAGAAUGUGAUUGGAGAGAAAAUCCAAAUUGGGAAUUAAAGGCAUUUAAGAAACGAGUAAACAGGGAGUUAGGUUGUGAAGUAAAGUACUCUAAGUGUUACAUGGCUAAAAGAAUUGCUAAGAAAAUGAUAGUUGGUGAUGCUAGUGAAGAGUAUAGCAGGGUGUGGGAUUAUGCGGAAGCAAUAAGGAGGUUUAACCAAGGAAGCACUACAAUCGUGAAAUGCAUUGGAAUAGACACACCUCCACCCUUGUUUCAAAGGAUGUAUAUAUGUUUGCCAGCAUAUAAGGAGGGUUUUGUUUCUGGCUGUAGGCCUAUUAUAGGUGUUGAUGGGGCACAUUUGAAGGGACCUUUCCCUGGGGUGUUGCUGACUGCUGUAGGUAAGGAUGGGAACAAUAACAUCUUCCCUGUUGCAUGGGCUGUAGUCGAAACAGAAAACGUAGAAACUUGGACUUGGUUUCUAAAUCUCCUCGUAGAAGACCUAAAGUCGGUUAGUCCAUCAAGUAGUUGUGUAGACGCAGGAUGUGAAGAUUUUACCUUCAUGAGCGAUAGGCAAAAGGGUUUGAUUGAAGCUUUGAACUUAGUGAUUCCUGAAGCUGAAAUUAGGUUCUGCUGUAGGCAUAUUUGGGCUAACUUCAAGAUCAAGUUUCCUGGAGAGUUGUACAAACAUCACUUUUGGAAAGCAACAAGAGCUUACAAUAAGUUUCAUUUUGAUAGAGAAAUGAUUGCAAUAAAGAAUAUUUCUGUUGAGGCAUAUGAAUAUCUAGCUGCUAUUCCUGCUAAACAUUGGUCUAGGCAUACUUUUUCUAGUAGGAGUAAGUCUGGGAUGUUAUUAAAUAAUUGUUGUGAGUCAUUCAAUAAUGUGUUAGUAGAAGCAAGGGGGAAGCCCAUAAUUUCUCUUAUGGAGUGGAUUAGGAGAUAUGUGAUGCAAAGAAGUGAUUCAAAAAGAGAAGGGUUGAGUAACUUUAAAGAAUCUUACGUUGUAAACUUGACCAAUAAGACUUGCCUUUGUGGAAGUUGGAAUCUUCUUGGGAUCCCUUGUAAACAUGCAAUGGCUUGUAUUGUUAUCAGAAAAUUAGAUCCCAGUGAAUAUGUCCAUGAGGCGUAUCAUGUAGAAACAUAUGCAAAGACGUAUGCUCCAAAGUUUUACGGUAUGCCAGGACACAAAAUGUGGCCGACAACCACUUUAGCCAAACCUCUACCUCCACCAUUUCGAAAGAUGCCUGAAAGGCCUAAAAUGAGGAAAAGAGAAAAAGAAACUGAUGAAGGUAAAGGAUGUAAGAAGCCUGUAAGUACUGUUCGAGAAUUCAAGCAACGGAGAUGUGGUAAUUGUGGUGACUUAGGUCACUACAAAAAAGGAUGCGAGAAUCCAGCCAAACCACAACCAAUAGAGAUGAAGUCAAAGGGUGGAAGGCCUAAAAUGGAAACUUCUUGUACUCAACAGUCCACACCAAAUGAUGUUCCUUGCUCCAGUAGUCAACAAACGCAAAGUCCAACAGCAGCAUCUACUUCAUGUAUAGUGGAUCAACAAAGUCAAAUAUAG